CUUUCACUUGUCUAUAUUAUAUCGCUUCUUCAUUUCUCUCUACUCAUCAUAGACCCUCAGGCAGGAAAAAAGUGGACUCUAGAAGAAAAAAGGAGUUCAAAAAAUGAGCUGCAACGGCUGCAGAGUAUUACGAAGAAGAUGCAGUGAAAAUUGUACCUUAAGGGCGUGUUUGGAUGGGAUUGAUGAUCCUCGCUCACAGGGUAACGCUACUCUCUUCGUCUCCAAGUUUUUUGGCCGUAGCGAUCUCAUGGCCUUCAUCUCCGCUGUCCCUGAAAAUCGAAGACCUGCUUUGUUUAAAUCGUUGUUGUUCGAAGCGUGUGGACGGACUGUGAAUCCGGUGACCGGUGCGGUAGGUCUUUUAUCGACGGGUAACUGGCACGUGUGUCAAAAGGCUGUGCAAAUUGUUCUCGCUGGCGGCAAUCUACAGCCAGUUUUUGCCGGAAUUCUAACUAACGAAGCCUCCGAAUCCUUCCGUUGCGGCGGCGCGUGGGAUAUUCCAAACCAGUUAAAGAAUAAAUCCGGAUCGUUGAUCCAUGGAUCGGAUCACAUGGAUACAACGGAGUGGAUCGGUUCGGAGUUAGUUUCGGAGACUGAGUUAUCGGAUGUGUCGUUGGGUUUGGAUAGUGGUAAUGGAUACGAUGGUGUGAAAGGAGAACCAAAACUUUUGAAUCUCUUUGUUUGAAAUAGAAAUAAUUAAUACUAAUACUGUAUUAGUAGUUUUAUCCAGUUGAGUUUGGUGUUUUGAGUUCGAACUCAAUUGGAAAAUCGGAAACUGUAAUGAUCUAAACAUGAGACGUGUGUCAAUUGCCUAACUUGGAAUGUCACUGACUGUCUUUUUUGGCUGAAUAAAUAUAUUAAUGAAAUAAACAUGACUUAUACUUUCAUAUU